AUGCAUUUAGCAGUAUCGACGCUGCAGGGGCUUCACCUGGCCAUUCUAAGCUCAAUGCUCACAACUACCUCGUCGAAUUCGGCCCCUAUGGGAGACGAUGAGUUCGGCAAGCAGGGGCAGCAGAUGUGGGGGUCCCUUCAUGCGAAUAUCAGGAUGAACAUGUGUUUCUUACGUGGGCAAGUCGAUGUCUACAUUGCCGAUCAUGGCCGAUUACAAAGAGAUAAGUGGGGAGCUAUCUCGUGGCUGCAUGCUGAAUCUGCCACCAUGCACUCACAUAGUCGAGUAGGUGCCUGGAGAUUGUAA